AUGAUACCAUCGUCUUAUGUCCCUCGGGCUCGGGUGGAGCAGCAGUCCAGCAGCUAUGGCCUCUCUCAGAUAACCAGAAGCCUCUUUAUCAGCGAUGCUGCGGCCGCUAACAACAAACACAUCCUAACCGACCAUCACAUCACCACGAUCAUCAAUGCUGCGGCAGAAGUGGUGAACGCAGUCUUUGAAGACAUUCAGUACAUGCGGGUGCCUGUGAGUGACACUCCCAAUUCCUAUCUCUAUGACUUUUUUGACCCUGUCGCUGAUCACAUCCAUGGCGUGGAAAUGAGAAAUGGCCGCACGCUACUGCACUGCGCCGCAGGAGUGAGCCGCUCCGCAACCCUCUGCCUAGCCUACCUCAUGAAAUACCGCACCAUGACCCUGCUGGAUGCCUACAGGUGGACCAAGUUGUGCCGCCCGGUCAUCCGGCCCAACAAUGGCUUCUGGGAGCAACUUGUCCAUUACGAGUUCAAGCUGUUUAAUAAGAACACGGUCCGCAUGAUCCACUCCGGGAUAGGUCUGAUCCCUAACAUCUAUGAACCAGACUUCUAGUUGAUGGAGUCCAUGUGA